CUUCCCAUCCUCCCUCUCUAUCACUCCAUUCUAACCAUGUAGCUCCCCCCAGACAUGUCUCUUCCCAAACACACCUCCCCAUCUCCCUUAUCCUCCUCACCCUCCCGCCAAUCAGUCCGCCGAACUUCAGGAUCUCGCCCCCAGAGCAUCAUCGACCGGCCCGGCACCGCCCAACAAGUCACCGACAUUCCGGAGGAGCACGACUCCCACGAAGCUGCACCUGCACCAGCUCCAGUCCCACAAGUGCACGCCCCUACCGAGCACGAAAAACCCCACGAGACAACAUCAACAACAACACCAUCGCACGCCACCUUCCAACCCUUCUUCACCUUAAUCGAAGACGCCAACUCCUCCGAAUACCACCACCCCACAGUGCACUACAUCUUCUCCGACGAUGACACAGACAUCGUGACCGAUGCAGCUCUACGCGCCCUAGAAUCUGAGCCCGAUCUUUUCACAGCCAACGGAAAAGGUAAAUCCAAACAUACACAAGACCACAAUCGUCAAGACGGUGGUGAACAAGGCACAUACCCCGAAGACGAUGAAUACGCCCACCACAGGAAGGAGUCCCUCCUUCCGGACCCUAUCCCAGGUGUCCGCGAUAACUACGUGAUUCUCGAUAUAGACUACGCCUCGCCAGAUGGUACACAUCCCGAGACGACAGUCCCAAACACCGACGGCGGCGCGGCCAGCGCUCACGAAGCCCACGGAACAGGACCUCCUCUUCUACAACAACAGCAACAGCAACAGCAAUCAUCGGCGCAUAAAUACACCGUGACCUCCGCACACAGUUUAUCACCAGCAUGGCAGGUUCUGAAUACGCAACUGGUUUCGGCGCCUACCUUUGAGAAUAAUAAUAAUAACUCGUCUGGGGGACAGCCGCCGAACGGAAGUCUCAUGCUCAAGAUCAAGGGUACGGCAGGACUGCCUAUGAAUAUGCCGGGGAAGGAUAAAGAUAGAGAGAGGAGUAGCCAGCGGUUGGAGGAUAUGAUGGAUCAGUUCGCGAAGCGGUUAUCGGAGCUGAGACAGGUUAUUGGUGCGGAGGAGCAGAUGGACGAUGCGGAAGAAAGAGUAGAGGGUGACACGGCAUUGCCUGAGGAAGGGGAUGUCGAGGGUGCUCCUGCGGAUAACACUGAGGAGCCGAUCGAAGCCGAGCCUCAUGUUGAGGGUGGUGGGGAGAAUGAGGGACAGUCUGUAGAAAGUUGAGCUGGCAAGUGUAGUUGUCCGGACUGGUUAAUGUAACCAUGCAGUGUGGCAAACAUUAUAUGCACUACUUAUAGGCACCCACCAUGCUACAUACUACAUCCUAUGGUCUAGUGUUGAGCAGAAAUCAUGAC